AUGGCUGAUUCGCCAACAGAUCUUUUUCCUGUCCCUACCGAAGUCGACUACUUGUCAAGAGGCGACAAACACCUCAAGAGCGGCUCCCAUGUCAGGGGAACAAUUCCGUCCUUUCAGGCAACCAAGUUAAGACGCUUGAUAUUGGAAGCUCACGCCGACGAUUCAAAAAUUCUUGCACUGCCUUGCAGUUACGAUGCCUUGAGCUCCAAACUUGUUGAAGAAGCAGGCUUUCCGGCGGUGUUUCUAUCCGGUUUCCCGGUGUCCUCAUCUCUUGGUCUUCCCGACGCGGGCUACAUAGCUUUCCAAGAAAUGGCUUCAAAGAUUCAAGAGACAGCUAGGCAGGUGACAGUACCUAUCGUCGCGGAUGCAGACACCGGAUACGGAAGUCCAAUGAACAUGAGAAGGACUGUACAAGGAUUUGCGCUUGCAGGAGCUGCUGGAAUCAUGAUUGAAGAUCAGACAUGGCCUAAACGCUGUGGACACACGGUGGGUAAGGCCGUGGUUCCUCGCGAGGAAGCUUUUGCCCGAGUCCAAGCUGCCGUUGACGCACGCAACGAAGGAGUUGAUAUUUGGAUCUUGGCUCGUACCGAUAGUUUCAUUCAUGGUUACGAUGAAGCUGUUGCGCGUGUCAAGAAAUUCAUCGAACUCGGCGUGGACUGUAUCUUUGUAGAAGCUAUGCCUGACAGAGAUACGAUGCAGCGUCUCCGAAGGGAUAUCAACUUCCCGUGUUUUGCCAACAUUAUUGAAGGCGGCAAGACGGAAAACAUCUCGGCCAAAGAACUCGCCGCUUUGGGGUAUUGUGCCGUUUGCUACCCUCUGACUCUGGUCGCGGCAAAGCUCAAAAGCAUUCGCGAGGCACUCGAAAAUCUGAAGAUGUCUUUGACCGUUGGAAAGCCGCCAGAAAUACUGUCCUUCGAGGAAGUUUGUCGUGGGGUGGGCUUUGAAGAAUACUACAAGCUCGAAGAACGUUAUCGGUAUGGAGAGAAAACAAACGGGGUUUGGAGGCAAACAUCUUGA